GAAAAAUUUGAAGGCUUGUUCCGUGCCUAUGAUGACUGCGUGACAUUCCAGCUGUUUAAAAGCUUCAGGCGUGUGCGGAUAAAUUUUAGCAGUCCCAAAUCAGCUGCCCGUGCCAGAAUAGAGCUGCAUGAAACACAGUUCAGGGGGAAGAAGUUAAAGUUGUAUUUUGCACAGAUUCAGACCUCUGAGACAGAUGGAGACAAGCUUCAUUUGGCACCACCACAGCCUGCAAAACAGUUUCUCAUCUCGCCUCCAGCCUCCCCACCUGUAGGGUGGCAACCAAUAGAUGAUGCAACACCUGUCAUCAACUACGACCUCCUUUAUGCAGUUUCUAAACUAGGACCAGGAGAGAAAUACGAGCUGCACGCAGGAACAGAGUCCACUCCCAGCGUGGUAGUGCAUGUCUGUGACAGCGACAUGGAAGAAGACGAGGACCCAAAGAAUUCUCCAAAGCCAAAAAUCAUUCAAACUCGGCGCCCUGGUCUGCCACCUCCUGUAUCUAACUGA